CUUCCCUUGUCCCUCCCUGCCCCUCCCCCCCCCCCCACGUUCCGUCGCUGACUGUCCUCCUCCAGGGAGAGCGUACGCGUGACCGUGGCACGCGCGUAUCCCGGCAUGCGCUCUCGACACGCGCCGCACGGAUCGCGAGCACCCUUGGCGUCAUCUGGGGGUUGCGUAAUCACACCAGUCACGAAAGGUGACUGUCUGGAGGUAGGACAGUGUCAUGGCGCGGCAACGAUGACAGAGAGCGUGUUCCUCAUUGACGAAUCUAUCACGAAGGGCAGCAUGUGGGGAGGAUUUCGCUGCAACAAGGCUUUCGUGAUACUGGUCCUGCUAAAUGUGAUCGUCUUCCAGAGUAUCGUAUAUUAUCAAGAGCAAAGGAAAUGGCAGGAGGUGAGAUCCAGAUUGGACCCGCUGAUAACGGAUCUACGGGAUAUGCAAGGGCUUACAUACAGCGUGCUGAAGAGGCUCGAGGCGCACGGCCUCUUCGUCGAGAGCGUUCGCGAUCGGAAUGACAAUAGCCGACCCGUAAUCUAUGCCAUCACUCCUACGUACGCCAGGCCCAUGCAGAAGGCCGAACUCACCCGGUUGGCGCAGACGUUCCUCCACGUGUCGAAUCUCCAUUGGAUCGUCGUGGAGGACGCGCCGCAAAAGACCGCCCUGGUCACUCGGUUCUUACAGACCAGCGGACUAAUCUACACCCACCUGUCCGUGGCGACUCCGCCGAUCUACAAGCUCCAUAGGAACGAUCCGAACUGGACGAAGCCGCGCGGGGUCGAGCAACGAAACGCAGCGCUCAGGUGGCUCAGGGAGAAUCUCAAACCGUCCGACAAAGGCGUAGUUUACUUCGCCGACGAUGACAAUACUUACUCUGUCAAACUUUUCCACGAGAUGGAGAAAAUAAAAAGGGUCGGUGUUUGGCCGGUCGGCCUAGUAGGCGGUCUAAUGAUAGAAAAGCCUCUUUGCGACAACACCACUAAUAAAGUAAUCGGUUUUAACGCAGUGUGGAAACCGGACCGACCGUUUCCGCUCGAUAUGGCAGCCUUCGCCAUUAAUGUCGAGCUGUUACUCAAACACAAAGAUGCGUGGUUCUCGUACGAAGUGCAAGGUGGUUAUCAGGAAAGCGAGAUACUUAGACAAUUAGUUACGAAGAAUCAAUUGGAACCGUUGGCGGACUGCUGCACGAAGGUAUACGUAUGGCAUACGCGGACUCAAUGGCCGUCGUUAGACAUGGAACAAAUAUUGAUUAGGAAAGGUAGGCGUUCCAAUGCCGGCAUCGAAGUAUGAAGAAAAAAGUUGUUCAUUCCACGCAACAUACUCCUAAUUCCUUGGAAAUCAGUGAUAUAAUAGAUAUUAUUAGUAUAAAAUUCGUCGACAUCGAUUUUUUUAAGAAUUGAAGAGAUAAAACAAAACCAACAGCAUAAAUGCAUUUUGAUCGCAUUUUACAUACAUAUACUCAUGUAGAAUGUAGUGCCAUUUCAUUUAGCUAUUUUGUAGUUGCAAAUGAAAAAAAAAGCAAACAUCAAAUAAUCUCAGCUAAUCAUUAUUUGGAAUCUCGAAGAAUUAUGUGAUAUCGCAAUGUGCUUUUGAUAUCAGAUUACCAAUCUGCAUAUCACUGUUCUCCUUUCAGGACAAGUAAAUCAUCUUUUGCCAUUCUUAUAACAAAUCGCAACUCGAACAAUCUCGUUACAUCACGUCCGUAUUUUGUUUUAUAAAAAAAUAUAUAUGUAUGACUAUUGUAAUAAAAUUUUUGAGGAAAACAAAA